AAUAUGUUGUCGAAUGAAGUGAAAAAAAAUGAUCGUUCUUCGUAUAAAGAAGUUAGAUAAUUUUGUCAAAUAAAUUUAAAAAAAAAGGUAAUACAGACAGCUGAAUCGCUGAAUGUAAAAAGUUGAAUAUGACGGGUAAAAUUGGCGGCAAAACAUGACGGCUUCACAAAUACUAUCUUCAUCGUCUCGAUUCGUGAGCUGUUUUGUUCAUACAACACGAAUAUUUCAACGAGAUAGGAAAUCAAUCGAAUUUUGUUCGCAUAUUAAUUUAAUAAUAAAUAAACAAUUUGCAUCAAACGCUAGCAAUAUGUGCAAAAAAAUACCAUUACGUGGAGCAUUGAUCGUUUUAGAAGGAUGUGAUCGAUCUGGUAAAACAACACAAUGCAAACAAUUAGUGAAAGCGCUAGUGGCAAAUGGACGACCAGCAAAAUACAUUAAUUUUCCGGAUCGUACGACCGAGUGCGGUGCACUGAUUAAUUCAUUUUUGACGAAUAAAAAAGAUUUCAAUGACGAAACCAUUCAUUUAUUAUUCACACUGAAUCGAUGGGAGGCCAAAAUGAAUAUGGAAAAAAUGCUACAGGACGGCGUCACACUCAUUGUUGACCGAUAUGCAUAUUCAGGUGUUGCAUUCAGUGCAGCUAAAGGAUUGGAUAUUGAAUGGUGCAAAGCUCCCGAAACUGGACUUAUAAAACCCGAUUUGGUUUUAUUGCUAACUAUGACUGCAUCGGCCAUUUCAAAACGUGGUGGAUUUGGCGAUGAACGGUACGAAGUACCUGAAUUCCAACAACGUGUCAUGAAAGUAUAUGAUGAACUCAAAGACGACAGCUAUUGGAAAGAUAUUGACGCUGACAAAUCAUUCAAUGACUUGCAUGAAGAACUAUUGUCACACUGCAAUCAAGCCAUUGACAAUAUUUCAAAUGAAAUAAUGGACAAACUAUGGUGAUCACCGUAACUUGUGUUCAAGUGACGAAACAAAAUGUAAAAUUAAUACAAUUAUAUUAAUUUAUAUUAUAAAAAAAAGUGUUGAAUAGAAACCAUUUAUUGAAUAUUGUUUUGUAAGAAAUGAACAGAUGAAAAAUGUUAAAACAUGAACUUAUGAAAGAAAAAAAUUGUUAAAAUUAGGAUAGUAAUUUAAUUAACAUUAAGUGCAUAGUAUAAGUCAUCGACUGUUGCAUUUAGAAUGAUCUUUUGAUAUAGACCGGUUGAACUAUCCUCUGCAAUCAGUAGACGAUUGGCUGCCAAUGCCAUACAAAUAAUCAUUGCUUGGUCUAUAAUAUAAAAAAUGAUGUAUGAAUAAAUGUGAAUGACAAUAAUAAUAAUAAUAAAGUACAAAAGAGACAAA